CUGAGACAAACCAGGAAACAGUCAGUUCCUGUUCGGUUCUCAGUGAGAAGAGACGCAGCGACAGACAGACGCUUCACUCAGAGACAAAAUGGCUUCCAGAUCAGAGGAGGAUUUCUGCUGUCCGGUCUGUCAUGAGGUCUUUAGAGAUCCUGUUGUUCUGUCAUGUAGCCACAGCUUCUGUAAAGACUGUCUGCAGAGCUGGUGGAGAGAGAAACCAGCACACGAGUGUCCAGUUUGUAAGAGAAGGUCUUCAAGGUCAGAACCACCUUUAAACCGGGCGUUAAAGAACCUGUGUGAGGCCUUCUUACAGGACAGAGAUCAGAGAGCUUCAGAGGCUCUCUGCAGUCUGCACUCUGAGAAACUCAAACUCUUCUGUCUGGACCAUCAGCAGCCAGUGUGUGUCAUCUGCAGAGAUUCAGAAAAACACAGCGACCACAGAUUCAGACCCAUCGAUGAAGCUGCACGACAACACAAGAAGAAACUUCAGGAAACUCUGGAGCCCUUAAAGAAGAAGUUACAGGUUUCUGAACAAGUUAAAGUGAAGUUUGGUCAAACAGCAGAACACCUGAAGGUCCAGGCCCGACACACAGAGAGGCAGAUUAAGGAGCAGUUUAAGAAGCUUCACCAGUUUCUAGAGGAGGAAGAGGAGGCCAGGAUGGCUGCACUGAGGGAGGAAGAGGAGCAGAAGAGUCAGAUGCUGAAGGAGAAGAUGGAGGCUCUGAGCAGAGAGAUAGCAGCUCUUUCAGACACAGUCAGAGCCACAGAGGAGCAGCUGAGAGCUGAAGACGUCUCAUUCCUGCUCAACUACAAGGCUGCAGUGGAAAGAGUCCAGCAGCGCCCCCUGCUGGAGGAUCCACAGCUGCCCUCAGGAGCUCUGAUAGACCAGGCCAAACACCUGGGCAACCUGACCUUCAACAUCUGGAACAAGAUGAAGGACAUGGUCUCCUACACUCCUGUGAUCCUGGACCCAAACACUGCUGAUCCAGAACUCAUCCUGUCUGGAGAUCUGACCAGUGUGAGAGAAGGAGGGAGACAGCAGCUUCCUGACAAUCCAGAGAGGUUUGAUGAUUACUGGUCUGUCCUGGGCUCUGAGGGCUUCAACUCAGGGACUCACAGCUGGGAGGUCGAGGUUGGAGACAGUACAGGCUGGUUACUGGGUGUGUUAGCAGAGUCUGCCCACAGGAAGGGAGACAUAGGGUCUGGAUUCUGGGGAAUAUGGUUCUAUGGAGGUAAAUACUCAGCAUGGUCACCAUCAGCUCGACCCACUGAUUUCCGAGUGCAGAAGAAGCUCCAGAGGAUCAGAGUGAAUCUGGACUGGAACAGAGGAACGCUGUCGUUCUCUGAUCCUGAUACUAACACACACAUACACACCUUCACACACACUUUCACUCAGAGGAUGUUUCCAUACAUUCACACUGUGGAUGAACUGCAGAUAUCAGCUGUGAAGGUCUAUGUGACAGUGGAACAGAGCAGUGAGAGAUAAAGAGGAUGAUUAUAUUUAUGAUGAUGUUUAUUUCUUAAAGGGAAAAGUCUCUGAAUUGAACCUGUGAAGCUGCACCUGUCCUCCUGCUGCCUCAUUAUUCCAAACGUAUGUUGAUCUUUGUUUCACUUCCUGUUUUUCAUUGGUUUCAUUUCUUUUUCUUCCGUAUUUAGUUCGACACUUUUAGAUCCAAAUAAAGAAACAACAAUCAGUUUGUCAAUAGCUGCAUGUUUGAGCAGCCAAUCAUUGUUCAGAUCCAAAUAUCUGGUUAUUAUUAAUAUUAACAUCAUUAUUAUUAUAAUAAAGCAGUUUGUAAAUGCAGGUUCAACAAUCUGUGUAUAAAUGUAACAACAUCCAAAUGUGGUUUUGAUGAACAUAUAUUUAUAGAUUUCUAUGACAUUUAUUUAAAACAAUAUUUGUGUCCAUCAGAAAUACUUUUGUGAACCUUCUUU